AUGAAUGACAUUUCAGAGAAUGAUUUGAACAUUUUAGAUGUGAGUCCUCGAUAUGUCGAAUUUUUUUAUGAAUGUCUAGAAGAUGUAGAUGAUUUUGCACAAAAGAAAAAAGAAAAUAUAAUAGAAAAGAAAAGUUUAAAAAUAAAAAAUAUAUGUACUAAAAUUCAAAACAUAGAAAUAUUUGAGACUGAAUAUAAGUAUUUAAAAAUAAAAGGAAGUAAAAAAAAAAAGUUGGCUCCUGGUACAUGUGAACAUAUAUGUAUAGAAUUUUCUUUGUAUAAUAAUGUAGAUAUAAAAAAAUAUAAAAAUGAUAAAAGAAAAGAAGAUGUUUUAAAUAUAAUAAAUAAUAUCGAACGUACCAUCUUUCUUAAAAUUAAAACUGAGUAUACAUCUUUAAGUAUACCUAUAUAUAUAAAAAAAAAGGUUGCCGUAUUUUUUUAUGAUAACAUUAUUAAUCUUGGAUUAUGUAAACAAAACAUGACAUAUUAUUAUUCUAUGAAGGUAACAAAUGUAGGGAAAAAAAAAGGAACCUUUACAAUAUCUAGGGACAUGUAUCAAUCUAUGAAAGACAAGGGGAAUCACAUAUUUUUUCAGGAUGAAAAGGCGGAAAGAAACAAAAAGGAAUUCUGUAUGGAGAACAAUAAUAGGGAAGAUCAGAACGAAGAUAGCCAUAAUAUAAAAAAUGACCGUAAUAUAAAAAAUGACCGUAAUAUAAAAAAUGACCGUAAUAUAAAAAAUGACUGUAAUAUAAAAAAUGACCGUAAUAUAAAAAAUGACCAUAAUAUAAAAAAUGACCGUAAUAUAAAAAAUGACCGUAAUAUAAAAAAUGACCGUAAUAUAAAAAAUAAUCAUAAUAUAAAAAAUAAUAUGAAGGAGAAAAACCUUUUAGUAGAUGAAAAAAAAGAUAACACUCUUAUUACUUUUGAUAAAACAUCUAUUACAUUAGACAUUAACGAAAGUAAGAUUAUAAAUAUUGAAAUAAAAAAUUUAAAAGAAGAAAAAGUACAUCGUGAAUAUAACAUAUUAACAUUAGAAAAUAGUUACUUUGUUGAGAAGCCUCGAAAUAUUAUUAUUAUAGCUGUUUUUAUAAAUAGUUCUACUUCUUUUUAUUAUGAUAAUAUAAAAACAAAAGAAAUAAAUAUGAAUUAUAUAUAUUAUGGAAAUAAGAAAAAAAUACAAGGACAAAUCAAGAACGAGAAUAAUUAUAAUAUAUCAUAUCAAUAUAAAAUGAAAAAAGUGCAUGCUUUCUAUACAUUGGAUAGUUUUAAAAAGUAUAUACAAUUAAAUAAUUUGUCUGCUGGAUCUUUGGAAGAGGAAUUAUGCGAGAUGGAAAAACUAUUAGGACAGGAAGAAAAAGAAGAUAAGGAAAAAAUGAUGUCCAUGGCAAAAAAAAUGAUGAAUAUUGAAAAAAACAUUCAUGUUAAAAUGAAUAAUGAUAUUGUCUGUAAUGUAAAGAAAUUAAGUUAUGAAUCUGUUUUUUUCGAAAUAGAUUCAAAGCAUGAUCUUUUGUUCUUAGAAAAAAUAAAUAAAAACAAAUCAUACCUUUUAAACAUUCCAAUAAUAAUAGAUAUCACAUUGUUUGUUAAUAAAAAUGAUGAUGAAAAGGAUAAGACGAAUGAGAUAACGACAGGGGGGAUAAGUGGCAUGCAUAAUGACAAUAAUAUAAAAAUAAUAAAUAAUAAAAAAAAAAUAAAAAAAAUAAAUAAUAAUCAUGGUAAUAAUUGUGAUAAUAAUCAUGGUAAUAAUCAUGAUAAUAAUAAUAUUUGUUGUACAAACCUUUUACAACUUCAUAAGAGAGACGAAAAAGAUAGAGAGUCUUCUAUUCAUCAUGCCUCAAAUUGUUAUGAGGAAGAAAUAAAUCUACAACUCAUAUUUUGUUUAACAUUCCCUUGCCUAAUAACAAAUAUAUAUUUUUUAAAUUAUAACAAAGUAACAACAGAAGAAACGAAAAGCAUGAUAAUAGAAUUACUAAAUAAAAAUAAAUUUUUAAAAAUUAAUUAUAGCAUAUCUAAAAUUCCUUAUAUAACAAUAAAUAAGAAAGAAGGGAAAAUUAAUUCCCAACAAAAAGAUAUAAUUAUAAUUACCCUGAAAUGUAAUGUCAUAAAAAAGAUUAAUGAAUAUAUGUAUAUUUUUUUUUGUAAUAAUUUAUAUUUUUUCGUUAUUUUUAUAAAUGGAGAAGUAACACAAAUAUCCAAAAUUAACGAUGAUAUGAUUACAAUAAAAAAUAUAAAAAAUAUUUAUGAUAACAACGUAUGUGAUGAAAAAGGUAUUACUAAUAAUGAUAAUACUUAUAUAUUAAAUAAUAAAAGUCAUAUAAAAAAAAAAAAAAAAGAUAAGAGAUAUACCGAUGAUCAUCAUAAUAAUAAUAAUGAUAAUGAUGAUAAGAUAUUUGAACGCAUUCUUAAAAAUGUAGAAUGUAAUAAAGUCAAUAGAGAUUUAUAUGAACAAGAUGAACAAGUAAAUAAAUAUAAAUAUAAUGAACAUUUUAUUAAUUAUUUAAAAAAUAAUAAAAAAAAAUAUAACGAUGUUUUGAAAUAUAUGUACAAAAAAAGACAUAAUUCAAAACAGAAUAUUACACUUAAGGAUAAAAUAAAAGAUAAGGAAUCUAUGAUGAUUAAAACAAGUUCUUCUUAUAACUUAAAAUUUUCUAAAGAUAAUAAUAUAAAAAAAAAAUAUAACAUAGAUGAUAAAAGAACAAAUGUUUUAAAGGAUAUAUAUAUAUAUGUAAAUGAAGAAUAUAUAAAUAAAAUUACAAAUAUAUAUAUACCUCAACAUUUCUAUGAAGAAAAAAGAAAACAAUAUAUAAAUAUUAAAAAAAUGAAUAAACAAUAUUUAGUUAGAACAAUGAAAAAAGAAAAAUAUUUAAAUCAAUCCUUAUGUUUAAAAAAAUAUAAUAAAAUUAAUAAUAUUAAUAUUAUUAAUAAUCACAAUGAAAAAGAUAAUAAUAAUAAUGAUAAUAAUGAUAAUAAUUUCCAAAAUGUACAAAUUAUAAAACAAUAUUUAAUAUAUCCACAAAUUAUUCAUUUUAAUUAUAUACUAUUAAAUAAAGAAUUUGAAACGUAUAUUCAUUUACAUAAUACUAAUUCUAUACAUCCAAUAAACAUAUUUUUUUUUUCCCAUAGUGAUCAUAUAAAAAUUACCUAUCCUGAAGAAACAAAAACCACAUGUCAUAACAAAAUGAAUGAUAGCAACAUAUGUACUCCUUAUCAAAGUACCGAAGUCACCAUAAAACACAACACACAACAAAAAAUAUGCGUCACACUUAAUUUAAAAAAUUAUAAUAUAUUUAAUAAUCAAAAGAAUAAAAAAUCUUCUUUUUCUCAUUCAGAAAAAAUGGAUAAUGAAGAAGAACAAAAAAUAUGUAACCAUUCUAUUUUAAAAAGAAAUAUUAAAAAUAAGGAGCAUCAUAAUUAUUUAGAUGAUACUUAUAAAGAUGAACCAUAUAAUAUAUAUCAUCAUAAAACAACACCUUUCUUUGAAAUAUAUAUUUAUUAUGAAUAUAUCUCCAUAAAAACGCAAGAUCUUUAUGAUAUAGACAAAAUAAAAGUCCAAGCCAACUUAAUAUUGUUAAAUCCUUUUAUAAAUACUAACACAUUAUAUUUUUCUAUUACAAAUACGGAUAUAGACAUGUUUUAUCAUAACCAUUUCGUUAUGUACAAUCCGUUUAAUAUCACAAUGCAGAUGAAAUUAAAAUAUAAUGAGCAAGUCUUAAAAAUGAAGGACCAUAUAAGUAUAUGUCCUGGUGAAUACAAAAUUGUCCCAGUACAAUUUAUUCCCAGCGAAGCAACAUCUUGUGUAGAAGAAUUUAUUUAUGUAUACUUGGAUGGCUUUAGAUUAUACAAAAGCAUAAAAUGUAAGUGCUUUGCAUCCCCGUGUAGCUAUAAAAUUAAUGUGAAUGAAAUCAAUUUUGAUAAUGUCCUUUUAAAUAGAAACUAUUUAAAAAGCUUUUACCUAACAAACACAAGUAACUUUCCACUUGUAUUUAUGUGUGUUUAUAAACCCCCAUAUGUUCAUGUCCUUUCGAAACGUAAUUACGCUAAUAAAAAUGAAAAAAUAAAAAUUACCAUAUUAAUAAAUGUCAAAGAAGAAAUAAAAAUAAAAGAUAAACUUAUAUUCUAUGUGAGGCAAAGGGAAAAUCUAAUUCUACCUAUAAGUGUCAAGUUAACCCAGUCCAAUAUAGUGAUGGUGAAUUGCCCAGAUAUUAUUCAAGAAAGCAUGGAACGUAAAAGCUACAACAUCAAUAUUUUAAACAAAGGCAUGUACGAAGAAAGCAUUAUUAUAAAUUUCAACGAAAUACCAUUUUUGAAUAUAAAUAUCCAAGAUGGGGAUACAACAAACAAAUUAAAUUAUAUAAACUAUAAAAACAAAGAAUAUAAACAUAGUGAAGAGAAAAAAAGGAAUACAUUUGUUAACAUAUAUAAUUUAGAAUAUGAUAAUAUUAUAAUAGACGAAUAUAUAAAAUAUUAUUAUAAUGAAUUUAUUUUAUUAUAUAAUAAUUUAUGUAAUAAUAAUUAUAAAAUAAAAGGUAUACUUCAUAUUUCAUCAGAUCAAAAAUGUUUACAAAAUUGUUAUAAAAUUAUAAUUCCACAUAAUACAUUUAUAACUUUAAUUAUUGAAUGUUAUAUAAAUAAAAUAUAUGAAAGAGAUUUAUAUUUAUAUCAACAUGUUUUAUUAAAUUUAAACAAUCCAUUUGUGAAAGAUGGAUAUUAUAAAGAUAAAUUAAAAAUUAAUAUAAAAAAUGAAUAUUUAAAAUUUACUCCUUCUUAUCUUUACUUUCAAAAUAUCUUAUUAUGUAAUUCUGAGAAAUAUUUAAUCACCUCUUUUCAAAAGGCUAUAACAAAAAAAAUACAAAUAAUAAAUGUGUAUCAUCAAAAUUUAAAAUGUACUGUAAGGAUAUGUCAUUAUAAUAAACAAGAGACAAAAACAUCACAGCCUAUGAAGGUAUCUAGUAAUAAUAAUAAUAAUAAUAAUAAUAAUAUUAUUAUACCACGUGAUCAUGAUGCGAUAUGUAAACAUUCCACUUUGUAUGAAAAUAAUCAUACAAAAAAUAAUAGAAUAGAAAACAAAAUCAUAAACAAAAAAAAACAACAUUAUAAUAUAGACAUAAGUAAUGUACCAGAUAUUUUAAAAGUUAACGAAGAGUCUUAUAUAAACAUAAAAGUUGAUAAUAUAGAAAAAGAAGGAAGAUAUGUUGAAAUGUUAGAAAUAUGUGCUGAAAGUAUUAAUAAAAAAGAAAAUGAAGAAAAAAUAAAAUAUUCUUUAUAUAUACUUAUCAAUUGUAAAGAUGUUAAAUUAUAUUUCGAUGUUUCAUAUAUUAAUAUUAUACAUAAUAAAUUAAAUCAAUAUAAUUAUUUCUCUUUCCAUAUAUAUAAUGAUGGUUAUAAUUAUGUAAGAGUCAAUUAUCUUUUUAAUAAUAUAUUUAAAGAACACUUUUUCUUAGAUCUACAAUUUUUACCAAACAAUCAACUAAAUAACAAAAACAAAAAAAUCAAAGUUCUUUUGAAAUAUCUAUCAAAAAUUAAUAUACAACUUAAAACUUUUAUUACCAUAACUGUAAUGGACCAUGAAAAAUAUGACAUACCUUUGUUCAUAAAUAUACACGAGGAAAUUGAUUAUCUCAUGGAAAAGGAAAAUAAACAUAAACAAAAUUAUACACACGGUCAGAAUUAUACACAUGGUCAGAAUUAUACACACGAUCAGAAUUAUACACAUGGUCAGAAUUAUUUACACGAAACGGACCAGUUAUACGAAAAAAAUAAUGGGAAUGAAAAUAGUGAUGACAUAAAACAUCCUUAUCCUUAUGAUAGAGAAAUAAAAAGUGAAGGGUCUACAAAUAAAUCCCAUAUAUUAUCAUCACACCUGUCAGGUGAUCACAAAGAUGAAGUUCCUAUUAUAAAUAAUAAAAAAAAAAACAUAAGUUAUUUUACUAAAGAAGAAGAAUUUGCCUUAUAUAAUAAUAUGUCUAUACCAUAUAGUCUUAAAUAUAAACAAAAUAAGAAAGUGAAUGUAGACGAAAAUCAAAACAUGUUAUCCUUUUAUCGAAAAAAUUUGGAAGAGUCAAGUGAUAUAUAUACUAAUAUAUUUACAAAUUUACAAAUUGACAAUAUAAGAAAUCCUUAUUAUAAUACAAAUGAAGAAGCAAUAAUGAAUUUAAAAGAAAUUGUACAUGAUUAUAUGUUUAUAUUUCUUCAACAUGUUAUCAUCAAUAAAAAUUAUUUUCCACAAUUAAUUGAAAACACUAAUGAUUUAUAUGUAUUUUUCUUAAACAUUUUAUAUGAUCUAUCUUUUAUAUUUAAUAGUAACAAGAAUAUACAAAAUAUAAUAAAUGACCUAAAAGCAUAUGAGAAUAUGCAAAAUGGUACUGUUGACGAAAAUGAUUUUAUAAAAAAUAUGAAGACUCUAACGGAAUUGUUGAACCAAGAGAAGUUACUAAUAAAUCAUAUAAUGUGUGAAAAUUUACUACCUCUUCAUUUGUACCUACAUCAUAUUUUUAAUAACAUUCCAGAAUACUUUUAUAUAAAAAAAGAAAGUGAUAAAAAGGAAAAAUGCAAGGAAAGAAAUAAUUUAGAAAACACAAUAUUAAAUAAUAGUAAAAAUGAUAUAGAUGAAGAAGAAUGUAAUAAGGAAAAAAACAAAUUUCUAAAUAUAUCUGAUAUAGAAUCAUUUUUAAAGAAUAACAAUUAUAAAGGAGAUAAUAAUAUUUUUUAUUUAGAUAAUAUAUUUAAAACAUAUAUUAAAUUAUUUAUAUAUUCUUGGAUCACCAUAUUCUUAGAUAUUAUUUUUAAGAAAAUCUUUUCUUUCAUAAAUAUUACAUCGUUAUAUAAUUCGAGAGGUAUUAAAUUAUGUACUCUUGAAAAUAAUAUAUAUGAAAAUAUUAAUAUCCAUAAAAUAAAUUAUCUUGUAGUAUUAAAUAUAGAAAACAAAAAAAUUAACAUGUAUACAUAUUCCUGUACAAAUAAAAAAACACAAAAAUGUACAGUUAAAAAAAAAUGUAUAGACAAACAAAAAAAGGAGAAUUACAAUAUAAAUGUAAAGGAGUUAUCAUAUAACAAUAAUAAUAAUAAUAAUAAUAAUAAUAAUAAUAAUAAUAAUAAAUCCAAUGAAGUUUUAAAUAUACAAGAAAAAGAAUACUUUCAUUUUUAUCAAAAUAACUUUAUCGACAUAAAGGAAGUGCUUCAUAAAAUUGGACAAUCCGAAGAUACAGAUCAUUCAAAAAGAAACCAAGAAAUAAAAGAAACAAAAAAUAAGGAUUCUUAUCAUACUAACAAUUUCAAAAACACUCUGAAGGAAAAAAAACAAAUCAACAAAAAUUUAAAAAAGGAGACACACAAAAUAUUAAAUAAAAAAAAAAAAAAAAAUACCAAUACAGAUGAAGACAAAAAGAAAACUACUGAAAACUCUACACAUACACAGAAAUAUGAACAUAAUAAACAUCUAAACAUUAAAGUUCAAACAAAUAUAAAUUAUUAUAGAAUGAUAGAAGUUAUUUUAUAUGAAUGGUUAUAUUUUCAUUAUAAUAAUGUAUAUAACACGAAAGUAAAAAAACAAAAAUUUAUAUUUAUCCAACAAAAAAAAGACAUAUCAAAACAUAACAAGUCAUAUCUUCAGUAUGAUCAAAAUAAAAGAAAUUCUGAAAUAAAACAUACAAAUCAAACAGAAGAUUAUUCCAUGUGCGACAGUGUGAUAACAAGCAAAAUGAACCACAUGUCUAAUAUGGAUAAUCAAUAUGGUAAUAAUAAUAAUAAUAAUAAUAUUACAUGUGAUAUACCAUUUUUUGUUGAGAAAAAAACGAAGAAGAAGAAGAAGAAAAAAAAAAAAAAAAAAAAAAAAAAAAUUUUAAAAAAAAAGAAAGAUUUCAUCACAAGUUUAUAUGAAUUAAAUGAUUUUGUUAUUAUCAUAUAUACUAUAAUUUCUCAUAUUCCUUAUUUUUUAUUUUUUAAAAAUAAAAUUAAAAACCCAUGUAAAUGUCAAAAAGAUUAUUUAUAUAACAUAGACAUACUAUUAUUAAUUUUGAACACCAUUAAAUUAAAUAAUUUAAUAAGUAGAAAUGUAUUAAUACAAUUUAAUUAUGUUCAUAUAUUUAUAUUCUUAUCAUCCUUAUAUAUCAUAUUACCAAAUUAUAUUCCUAAUUAUUAUUUAGUUCUAGAUGAUUUUUCAUCAUAUAAAAAUGACGUAAGCGUAAUAAAAGGAAAUUUACAGAAAAACACAAGGACAAAUAAAUUAAAGCAACUUCAUAUGAAUAAUAAAAUAAACAAUAACAAUCAUAAAAAUACAAGUGAUAACUAUGUUCAUAAUAAUUAUAAUCAAGAAAAACAACCAAAAAGAAAUAUUACAUGUGGUGAAAAAAUCAAUGAACGAAUUAUUUACAUAUAUAAUUCUAAUAAAUACAUGUGUUCAUAUGAUAUCUUUUUCAUAGGAUCGAAAAAAUAUACAAUAGAUAAAAACCAUAUAACUAUACAUUCAAUGAAGCAUGAAGAAAUAACCAUAUCCAUUGAUCCACAUUAUGAUGACCAUAUUAUUAAAUAUAAUUGUAAUAACGAGAUUUAUUUAAAAGAUAUUAAUAAAAUAAAAUAUAAAAAAAAGGAUAAACGUUCUGAACAUACUAAUAGUGAGAACCGAUUUUCCGAUAGUAGUAAAAAUGAUUCAUCACUAUUGUCAUCACUUUCGUCAUCACUUUCGUCAUCACCAUCGUCAUCACUAUCGUCAUCACUAUCGUCAUCACCAUCGUCAUCACCAUCGUCAUCACAAUCGUCAUCACUAUCGUCAUCACUAUCAUCAUCUUUAUCAUCUUCCAAUUCUUGUAUUCAUUCUCGGUGUGACCAAUCAAAUAUUCCUAAAAGCAUAGGCACAAAUAAAACAAAUUCAAAACAUAUAAACCACAUACAUUCUGAUAAAAGUAACAACUAUUCAAUUCUUGUUUUGAGGGAAUCAAACUAUAAUUUAUUGGAUUUAAAAACGGCAGAGGAAAAAUUCAUUUGCAUAAAAAUUAUAGAGGGGAAUAAUGAGGACUCGGAAAAAUCACUUUUGGGGAGGAAUAAAAACAAUAUAAAAAAUAAGGAUAACGAAUAUAAUUCGGUAUAUGAUAAAACAAAAGAGAGACAACUAAAAGGUGAUAUACAUAAGAAUAAUUAUUCUUCAGACUGUGGCGAGAUGAAUAUUAUUUUAAAUGAUAGUGAAGUGAAAUAUAUUAAUUUUAAAGGUAUGGUGUAUGAAAAUAAAAAUAUCCAAAUAAAUAUGAUAAAUAAUUUCGAUAGAAAAGUGGAGGUUACAACAAACGUUUAUCAUAUAUAUUUGAAUAAUAGAAAAAAAGAAAUUAAGAAAAAAGAAAAUUUCGAUAAGGAUAUAUGUAAUUUGAAACAUACGAAAGUCGCGGAAAAUAACAUACAUAAUAAUAAUAAUAAUAAUAAUAAUAAUAGUAUUCCUUUUAAUGCUAAUUAUGAUAUGUAUUAUGAAUGUGAUGCCUGUACAAAUAUAAAUAAUCAUCUAAAAACAUAUAUAAAUAAAGAUGAUAUAAAUUUUCAGUGUGUUUAUCUAGAUAAAGAAAAGAAUAUAUAUAUUGGUAAAGAUAAUGGUAGUAAUAAAAUAAAUUUUCAUUUUUCUCCUUUUUUUCAAGGUACAUAUUAUUGUUUUCUUUUAUUUUAUGUUUUAUGUACGAAAACAAAAUUGCUUUUAUCAACUUGUAAAAUCAAUUGUGUCUUUUAUAUAAAUUACAUAAAACCAGAAGAAGUUAUUAAAAUAAAUUAUAAAUCUUAUAACUUUACAUAUGAUCUUAUUUUAAGACCACUCAAUAAACAAUUCUUAAAAAGUAUUUAUUACAUUUUAUGUAAAUUAAAUAAUAGCAGUAAUAAUGUUUUUUUUUCAAUUUAUAUAAAGCGAUAUUUAGACAAUAUAUAUAUGAAUAAAGAGGACUUUUUUAUUUUAUGUGAUUGUAUUAAAAAAGUAACAAUUAAAGAUAAGAAAAUAUCAUUCACCAAUUUUAACUAUACAAAAUAUUUUAAAGAUUAUAUAUUAAAUAAAAAUAUAGACAUUGAUGUAUUAUGUGAUAUGAUAAAAAGGGAUGUCACGUAUUCUUGUAAAUUAGAAAUAAAUGAAGAAAUGAAUGGUGUGUUUGAAUAUAACUUUUAUCUUUUAAAAGGGAAACAAUACAAUGUAGAAAAAUGUUUAUUCAUGAUAAAAGAUAGAGGUGAAAAUUAUGUAAACGACGAAGUGUCAUUAUAUAUAAAUGGGAGCAAAAAUAUGAAUAAUAUGUUUUCCCCUCCAAAAAAUAAUAAUGUAAACAAUAUGAGUAAUAAUAAUGAUAAUAAUAAUAUAAACAAUAUGAGUAAUAAUAAUGAUAAUAAUAAUAUAAACAAUAUGAGUAAUAAUAAUGAUAAUAAUAAUAUAAACAAUAUGAGUAAUAAUAAUAAUAAUAAUUAUCAUUAUUAUAAUUCUUGUGAUGGUGAUGGACUUGUACCGUUGUGUAAACCAAAGGGGCUAGAUAAUUACCAUUAUUGUGAUAUUAAGCUAUAUAAAAUAAUAUGCAAUGUCAAUGAUGAAAAUAAUAUAAGAACAAUUAAUAUAAAUAUUAAAGCCGGUAUGGUAUACAAAAAAAAUAUUCCUUUAUAUAAUUAUAGUAAUAAUAAUAUUACAUAUAAAUGUGCUUUUUCCGAAAUUAUCAAUGAUAAAAAUAUGAUUAUUAAUUAUAAUAUAUUUACUUGUGAUGAACUUGUUAAAUUAAAAAAAGAUAUGGAAAUCUUCAAUUUUGAAGUUACAUGUUUUUGUCCUGUAGGUGGAAUAAAAUACAAUUCAUUUUUUAUUUUAACAAAUGUACUUAAUGAACAAGAUAAAAUAAAAAUAAAAAUUCAGGGAUAUAUAUCAAAACCUCUUCCUAGAGAAAAUAUACAAAUAAAUGUUUUAAAUAAAAUAAAAAAAAAUAUACAAAUCGAAAUUUUUAAUGAAUUAGAUAUUCCUUGUGAAUUCAAAAUAUAUUCUGACUUGUUCAUAUUAUUUGGAGAAAAAAAAAAAAUUGAAAUGAUGCCUAAACAAAAAAAGUUAUAUACAUUUUUUAUAAAAAGUGCACACAUUGGUGAAUUUAUUGGGUGUCUUAUAUUCAAGUUUUAUAAAUAUAAAGAUAUAAAUAAUGAAAAUAAUACUUCCUUUUUUUCUGAUUAUUUUUUCUGGUAUAGGUUAAAUAUUGUAGUACAAUUAAAUGAACCUAUGAAAAUUUUAUAUCUAGAAACUUUUAUAGGACAAGAAAUCACAAAAGAUAUUAUUAUAAAAAAUAAUGCAAAUCAAAAAGAAGAAUAUUUCUUGUUAUUAUAUAUCAAUGAAUAUAUCGAAAAAAAACAAAUACAAAUAGAAAAAAAUGAUAUAUAUAUUUAUAAAAUUAUAUAUUUGCCUUAUAUACCUAAUUAUUUUUAUAAUAUCGAAACAUCAAGCUGUUCACAUUCUAAAUCUUUAACAGGCAAAGAAAAUAAUAAUUAUUCAAAUGAGUUUCAUGAAAGCAAGCAAUUAUUUAUGGAUAAGGAAGAAUAUGCAUCUGAUCAUUUCAUACACAGUGAAGAUGAAAAAAAUGAAAAAAUGAAAAAUUAUGAAAAAAAUGAAAAAAUGAAAAAUUAUGAAAAAAUGAAAAAUUAUGAAAAAAUGAAAAAUUAUGAAAAAAAUGAAAAAAUGAAAAAUUAUGAAAAAAUGAAAAAUUAUUCAUUAAAAAACUACAUAGGAGAUAUAAUAAAUAGUCAAAGUAAUAAUCAUGUACAACAUAAUAAUCAUAUUAUAAACAAUCUUCACAAUUUUUAUUAUUCAAAAGGGGAAUGUAAUAAUAUGCCACAAUGUUUACAUAAAUCAAAAAAUAAAGACACAUUUACACAAGAGUACGAAGAAAAUAAUAUUAAUGCAAGUGACCUUCUUUUUGAACAUAAACAAAAAAAGAACUUUCAAUCAAAAGAAAAACAAAUAUUUGAAGAAUUAAUUAACUAUUGUAAAAACAAGUAUAUUAAUAUAAAUGAUAUCAAUUAUGAUAAUCAUAAUAUCGGUUUCUUUUUUAUAUAUAAUAAAAAACAGGGAAUCAAUUAUUAUAUUUUAAUAUUACUAUCCAAAUUUAAAAAUAAAUUGAUAAUAAAUAACUUUUAUACAAGUUUGUCAAAGGCAUGUUACAUAAAUAUUCAUUUCCAUUUUCAACAUGAACAAGAAAGACAAGUGAAACAAUUACAAGAAAAAGAUAAACAAAAAAAAUUACAUAGUUUUUCAUAUGAAAUAGUCGAAAAAAUAGACAAUAUGGACAAAAUGGAAAAAAUGGAAAAAAUGGAAAAAAUAGAAAAAAUAGAAAAAGGGGAAAAUAAAAAUAAAAAUAACAUAUAUAGUGCAUCAUGUGAUAUAUGUUCAAAUAAUAAUCAACCCUUUUCUUCUUCUACACAUGAUGUUUAUAAGAAUCAUUUAAAAAAUUCAUUAUUAGAUUCAUAUGGAGAAAACCAUUCUUCAAAUAUUAAAUGUAUCUAUUUGAGCAAUAAAAUUAAUUAUUCUAUUUUACUACAAAAUGAAGAUAAAUCAAGUAAUAAAAUUGUUAUUAAAUACAAACCAACAAUGGAAACAUCUCAAGAUUGUUAUAUAAUCAUAAGAAAUAAUUUAUAUGGAGAUUUUAUUUAUUUUAUGAGAGGAAUGUAUGUUGUGAAAAAAAAAAUAAAAGAACAAAUGGUUUUGUAUAACUCCUCUUUUUUGUACCGUUUCGUUAUAAAUUUGUUCAACCCUUUUAGUUGUAAUGUAUGCGUUAAAUGUAGUCUAAAAGAAAACAAAAUAACAAAUAAAAAUAAUAAGAAAAUUAUAAAAAAUAUAAAAUAUAUGAAAAAUAUAAAAAAUCACAACGUACAUAAUAAUAAUACCAACACUGUAAAUAAGAAAAACAAACACAAGAACUCAAGUUUUAAGGGAAAACAAUUAUUAUUAAAUAACAAAAAAAAUUAUUUCUUAAUUAUCAAUAAUGAAAAUUUUAUAAUUAAAGACAAAAAGGAUUUUCCUCUACUUAUUAUAUCCUUCUGUAAAUAUCAACCAUCACAUCAUAAAACCUUAAUCAUAAAGUUACAACCAAUUUAUAAUAAGAAUAUGCAUAACAAACAAAUCCCUUAUAUUAUAUAUGAAUAUAGUCUAGUUUUUAAUAAAACAAACCAACAAAAAAAUCAAAUAAAAAGUAAUACAUUAAAUCAUUUUGUCUUAUCCGAUUUAUAUAAAAACGAAUCACUAACACAUGAAUAUCAAACUACAGAAAAUGAAGAAAAUGAAAAUGAUGUGCAGGAAUGUCAAAUGAAUAUACACGAGUCAAAUGAAAACGAAAAUGACAUGCGCGAGUCAAAUGAAAACGAAAAUGACAUGCGCGAGUCAAAUGAAAACGAAAAUGACAUGUGCGAGUCAAAUGAAAACGAAAAUGACAUGUGCGAGUCAGGUGAAAAUGAAAAUAAUAUUUGCGAGUCAGGUGAAAAUGAAAAUAAUAUUUGCGAGUCAGGAGAAAAUGAAAAUAAUAUUUGCGAGACAGCUGAAAAUGAAUCUAUUAGCAUGUACGAGUCAGGUGACAAAUAUACUACAGAUAGCCAAAAGAGCGAUACUGCAAAUGAGUUAUCCAUUGGAGAGUUAAGAAGAGAAUAUACAGACAAAAUGAGUAUGCGUCAAAAUGGAAACGACGAUAAGAGCAAAUAUGAUUAUUCUUAUGAUGAUGAUUGUUAUUUAAUAAAUGGUAAUGAUAUAAUUUAUUACGAUAAAAAGAUAUUUGUUGAAAGUAUUUGUAAAAAGAAAACGUGUGUACGAAUAUACAUAGACAAAAAGAAAAUGAGAGAAAGUCAAAAUUAUGAUAGUUUAAUGGAUGAUUUAGAUAUAUGUAAAAAGAAAAAGUGCAUGUUGCACAGAAAUGUUGAAAAGGAUGAAUGGAAUUAUAAAAUAUAUUUAAUAAAAUUAACAAAUGUGUAUUAUAAUAAUAAUAAUAAUAAUAAUAAUAGUGAUGAUAUAAUAAAUAAGCGGAUGAUCACAAUGAAUAAUAUAUUAUUUGAAAUGAAUGAUGAAAUGUUAAAUGAUUAUAUAUAUGUAAAUAUAAUAGAAGAUACGGAAGAAGGAUUAUUAAUAGAUAUAGAGUUGUUGGCCUAUUUACCUUUUCAUUGUAAUUUUUUUCUAAUGAUUAAAAAAAAAAUGAAAGAAAAGAUGAAUGGAGAAAAGAAGGGUAUAAAUAUUUUAUCAGAAACUUGUAAUGGGAAGGACAUUAAUAUAUUACCUGAAUAUAAAGAUAAUAAUAAAUAUAUAAUAAAUGGUGUUGAAAAAAAUUGUAUAUUUGUUGAAAUAUUUAAUUACCUUAGAAUAUGUAGUAAAUAUAUAAAUAUUUUUGUUGAUAAGAAUUUAUGUUCCGAAAUGAAGUUAAAUAUAUAUUACAAAAAUAAUAGUGAUUCUUAUUUUAAUGCAUAUAUGAUAAAUUACAAUGAAUAUAGUACAGAUGACAUUAUGGAUGAGAUUUUAAAUUAUGAUAUAAAACCUUCUUCAGGUGUAUUAAAACAUAAUAAAUAUAAUAAAUUUAUAAUUAUAAGGACAAAUAAAAAUGGCGUGGUAAAUAUGAAUAACGUUUUUCUUCUCUUGAUAAAAACGGAAAGAAAAAUUUUUUCUUACAUCAUAUUUUCUCAUUACAAGCAUAUAAGAACCAUGUGUACAAUGGAUGAGUAUAAUAAGAUAUAUGAUAUAAUGAAUGAAAACAAAAAAAAAUUCAGCGAAGUUUUUAAUACAUUCAAGGAAGAAAAAAAAGAAAGUGUCGUUUUUAAUGAAAGGAACCAAAUUAUAAUUGAAGAUAUACAAAAGUCAACAAAUGAAAUUCAAAAUAUUUAA